CUUUCUACUCACAGACAUAAACAUAGUCGAGGAUAACACGAAACUAUCAAAAGAACCAACCAAUUUACAAAGAACAAAAAAAAAAAAAGAGUUUUUGUUCCCUGAUAUAUAAUAUAAUAAACACAAAACAGGGGGAGAAAACAGAGGAAAGCAAGGGAAAAUGGCAGAGAAAGUAGCUGAGCAAGGAGCAAGAUCAAAGCUUUCAGCUCCAACACGACCAACAAUAACUUUACCACCAAGACCAGCCAUGGAUGGCUUAUUUUCAAGUGGUUCAGGGCUAAGUCCGGGGCCUAUGACACUGGUUUCAGCUUUUUUCUCUGACCCUGACUCAACAGAGCAUAGGUCUUUUUCUCAGCUUUUAGCUGGAGCUAUGGCUUCACCUGGAGCUAGACUACCUUACAAUUCAACGGAUGGUUCAUUUAUGGAAGUGGGUUUUAAAGAUGGGGGUGAAAAAAGUCCUGGGUUUAAGCAGAGUAGACCUUUGAAUUUGGCUGUUGCUAGGUCUCCUUUGUUCACUGUGCCUCCCGGGCUAAGCCCUUCUGGCUUGCUUAAUUCUCCUGGCUUCUUUUGUCUUUCUCCUCAGAGUCCUUUUGGAAUAUCCCACCAGCAAGCAUUGGCACAGGUUACAGCUCAAGCUGUCCUUGCCCAAUCUAAUGUGCGUGCACAAGCAGAAUAUCAAACUUUUUCAGCAGCAGCUGCUUCAGAGUCAUUGACCCAUCAUCCAUCCUUCAAUCCUGAAGAAACUUCACAGCAGAUGCCUCCUUCAGCUGCUGACCCUCAAUCUUCGGCAAUGGAAUACUCAGAAGCUUCUCAAUCUGAUAGGAGAAGUCAGCCUUCUAUUGCUGUGGAUAAACCUGCUGAAGAUGGCUACAACUGGCGUAAGUAUGGACAGAAGCCUAUAAAAGGCUGUGACUAUCCGCGAAGCUACUAUAAAUGUACACAUCUGAAUUGCCCUGUCAAAAAGAAGGUUGAGCGAUCUGCUGAGGGCCAAAUAACUGAAAUUAUAUACAAAGGCGCACACAAUCAUGACAAGCCUCAACCGACUAAACAAGCAAAGGGUGGAGCGGAUGGAAAUGCAAAUUCGCAAUCUAAUCUUGAAUUAGGUUCUCAGGGUGUAGCUGGAAAUUUGAACAAGUUAAGUGAAGCUGUACCAGCUCAUUCCAUAACUGGGAAAAAUAAAGAAUCUGCUCAAGUGGCUGUGGAAUUACCUGGAUCAAGUGACAGUGAGGAAGGAUGUGAUGAAGAGAAUAGAGAAGAAAGAGAGGAUGAUGAACCAAAUCCGAAAAGAAGGAACACUGCGGGAGAACCUGCAGUAGUCUUGUCACACAAGACAGUUACAGAACCAAAAAUUAUUGUGCAAACAAGAAGUGAAGUGGACCUUUUAGAUGAUGGCUAUAGAUGGCGCAAAUAUGGGCAGAAAGUGGUUAAGGGGAACCCUCAUCCAAGGAGCUAUUACAAAUGCACGAGUGCAGGAUGCAACGUUCGGAAGCAUGUAGAAAGAGCUUCAACAGAUCCCAAAGCUGUCAUAACAACGUAUGAGGGAAAGCAUAAUCAUGAUGUCCCAGCAGCUAGAAACAGCAGCCACAACACAUUCAACAAUAUUUUGCCACAGCCAAAACCACACAAGGUGGUGGCCGAGAAGCAUGCUUUACUUCAAGAGAUGGAUUUUGGAAAAAAUGUCCAGGGACCAGCAGUUUUAAGGCUAAAAGAGGAGCAAAUAAAAGUGUAACUCCCAUGCUCAAACCAGUUAAGUAAUAGGAGGUUCAGCUUCUGAUCCCAGCCAACUAACACGAUUAUGAAAUGAAUAAGUAUAUGGCAGAAAAGUUGAAACAAACAUGAUAAAAAUCAAAUUAUAAUAGCUGCUGCACCAUAAUUUGGUUAAAUAGGAGUGCUGUAUUGACUACCCAGUUUUGUAUAUUGGAAUUCGUAAGUACUGUUGUAUAUUUGUUUACACUCUUUUGGAGAAGGUAACAUAUGUUAGGUGUUGUUCAAGUUGCCAGGCUUGUUGAUGCAGGCAUUGAUUUCUA